GACUUCGUCUGGCUUCUGACAGAGACGGACAGAGAUGAUCCCAAGGAGUUUCCCGCCUUUCGUUCCCACCCCUCGCCUUUCUCCUGAGUCCUCCUGACCGCCACUCUUCCCUGCAUCUGGUGGAAUGAGCAUCUCUUGCAUCUCUCGGUUUCCUCUUGCCUGUACAAUUCCUAGCCUUCAGCUCCAUGUUCAAUAUUGCCAACCGUUGAAAGUGACGUAUCAUCACUCUGGAGUUACGUUAGAACCAAAGUCAGAAGGCUUGCGUCACUCUCCUGUUGGGAUAAUAGGCUUGUAGUGAUAGGCGGAUCUGCAUAGGUGGACAGGACACUGCCCUUCUGGUGCGGGACAUAGAGUUUUAAAAGUGGUUUUAGACAACCGUAUUGAGAUGUGAUCCUGCCUAACCUGGAAGACUGUUCUCUAGACGAAUAGACCGUUUUGAAAUUGUAGAGCUAGUAGACCCUUGGUGAUCUCCGUGACUCUCCAGUAUGGUGCCUGUAGCUAAUGGAACCGCGUUCAGCGGAGGGCCAAACAUGGUGGCCGAAUACUGCCGUCUCCUCGGGGGAACACGGCCCAUUAACAGCGUUCUGAUCGCUAACAAUGGCAUUGCAGCCGUCAAGUUUAUCAACAGCAUCAGGUCAUGGGCCUUCGAGACCUUCGGUCAAGAGCGAGCCAUUCAGCUGGUCGCCAUGGCGACGCCCGAAGACAUGCGUGCGAAUGCCGAACACAUUCGCAUGGCUGAUACGUUCGUUGAGGUUCCAGGCGGGACCAACAACAACAACUACGCGAACGUCCAGCUUAUUGUCGAGGUGGCUGAGCGGACUAAAGUGGAUGCUGUAUGGCCUGGUUGGGGCCACGCGUCGGAGAAUCCGGAUCUUCCGGCGACCCUCACGGCUAAAGGCAUAGCGUUCCUCGGUCCUCCCGCGCAUGCCAUGGCGGCUCUGGGCGAUAAGAUUGGCUCCACGCUUAUAGCUCAGACUGCCCGAGUCUCAACGAUUCCGUGGAGUGGCUCCAACAUAAUCCUGCCCGACGAGCAGUGCAGGGAGGAGAUCGACGACGAGCUCUACCACCAGGCGUGCGUGCGCACCACGGAGGAUUGCCUUGAGUGCUGCAACCGCGUGGGUUACCCAGCCAUGAUCAAGGCCUCUUGGGGUGGCGGCGGCAAGGGCAUCCGCAAGGUGCACAACGAGGAGGAGGCGAUGACGCUGUUCAAGCAAGUGCAGGGAGAGGUGCCCGGCUCGCCUGUCUUCGUCAUGAAAGUGGCUGCGCUGAGCCGGCACUUGGAGGUGCAGCUGGCGUGUGACGCGUAUGGCAACGUAGUGGCGCUGCACAGCAGGGACUGCAGCAUCCAGAGGCGCCACCAGAAGAUCAUUGAGGAAGGGCCGAUCAGCGUGGCCCCGCCAGACGUGAUACACGAGCUGGAGCAGGGCGCGAGGCGGCUGGCCAAGAUCGUGGGGUACUGCGGCGUGGCGACGGUGGAGUACCUGUACAGCAUGGCGGGCAACUCCUCCUACUUCCUCGAAGUCAACCCGCGCCUGCAGGUGGAGCAUCCAGUGACGGAGUGGAUAGCCGGGGUGAACCUCCCAGCCACGCAGCUCUCCAUCGCCAUGGGCGUCCCUCUCUUCCGCCUGCCAGAGAUCCGCCGCUUCUAUGGGCGGGGGGGAGGUGGCUCCAGCGACUGGAGCAAGUGUGCCGGGCUGGACACCUUUAACUUUGAUGACGUCACGUCCACCAAGCCCAAGGGGCACGUGGUGGCGGUGCGGGUGACCAGUGAGGACCCCGAGAACGGGUUCAAGCCCACGAGCGGCCGGGUGCAGGAGCUGAGCUUCAGGAGCAAGCCGGACGUGUGGGCGUACUUCUCCAUCAAGGCGGGCGGCCAGAUUCACGAGUUCUCCGACUCCCAGUUUGGUCACCUGUUUGCGUUUGGCCAGGACCGGCCGGCCGCCAUAGCUAACAUGGUGCUGGCGCUCAAGUCGGUGCAGAUCCGAGGGGAGAUCCACACCAACGUGGACUACACGGCCGACCUGCUCCAGGACAAGGAGUACAUCAACAAUGUGAUUCACACGGGCUGGCUGGACUCCCGCAUUGCCAUGCGCAUCAAGACUCAGCGCCACCCUUGGCACAUCUGCGUCAUCGCUGGAGCCCUCUUCAUGGCGUCUCGCACUGCAGCUGCCCGCGUGUCCGAGUACAUGGGGUACCUCGAGAAGGGCCAGAUCCCUCCAGGGAGCAUUUCCCUGGUCAACUUUGACCUCGUUCUCAACAUUGACAACGUCAAGUACAUGCUCGCGCUGAGCAGGCAGGGUCCUGGAAGCUACAAGAUCCGGAUGAACCAGCAGGAGGUGCUGGCAGAGGUGCACACGCUCAGAGAUGGCGGGCUGCUCUGCCAGUUGGACGGCAACAGCUAUGUGGUGUAUGCGGAGGAAGAGGCUGCUGGAACCCGCCUGCUCAUUGGCGGCCGCCCAUGCCUCCUCCAGAACGAGCACGACCCGUCGAAGCUGGUGGCAGAGACGCCGUGCAAGCUGAUGCGGCAGCUGGUGGAGGAGGGCGGGCACCUGAACGUGGACGAGCCUUACGCCGAGGUGGAGGUGAUGAAGAUGUGCAUGCCGCUGCUCGCGCCCGCCUCCGGCUGCAUCCACUGGCGCCUCUCCGAGGGCCAGACCAUGACCGCGGGGGAUCUCAUCGCCACCCUUGAUCUCGACGAUCUGACAGCUAGAAAUGUCGUGCAGCAGUUCACUGGGGAUUUCCCAGAGCUGGGCACGCCAACUGUGCAGCCGGACAAGGCGCACCACCGCUUUGCAGAGGCGCUCAAGAAGGCCGGGCUCAUUCUGGCGGGCUACGAGCAUAACAUCACGGAGGUGGUGCAGGAGAUCAUCUACGGGCUCAAGGACGAGUCGGUGCCGGCGCUGCAGUGGCAGGAAAUGGCAUCUGUUCUCGCCACGCGCCUGCCAAAGGAGCUCAAAGCGGAGCUGGACGCCCUGCUGAAGGGCUCAGAGUCGACCCAAGGAACUUCUUCCCCGCGCCUGCUCUCCUUCCCCGCCCCCGAGUGCGUCACCAUCAUCCGGUCGUACCUGGACCGUCUGCCGGCCAAGGACCGCAUGGGACAGGAGCAGCUGGUGGCGCCGCUGCUGCGGGUGGCGGAGCUGCAUGCGGGCGGCAGGGAGCAGUUCGAGCUGACGGUGAUCCAGGACCUGCUGAGCCAGUACCUCAGCGUGGAGCAGAACUUCUGCGAGACGCCUCAGGCGGAUGUGAUCGAGGGGCUGCGCCAGACGCACAAGAAGGACCUGGCAAAGGUGGUGGACGUCGUACUCUCACACCAGGGUGUGGCGCGCAAGAACGACCUGGUGGUGGCGAUCCUGGACCGCAUGGUGGCGCCCAACCCCAGCAAGCACAAGACCAUGCUCAAGGAGCUCUCCUCGCUCUCCAACAUCAAGCACUCCAAGGUGCUGGUCAAAGCCAAGCUCCUCCUGGAGCAGAUCCAGCUGGCGGAACUCCAGGCAGGCGUGGUGCACAACCUGUCCAACCUCGACAUCUCCGAGGGCGCCCUGUCAACCGCCAGCAGCAAGUCAGAUCUCUCUGCCGCAGGAAGCGAGGCUGCAGACGUGCUCACCCCGCGCUCCCUAGACCCCAACGUGGUCAGAGAGUCCCUCGACGCGAGGAUGGAGCGGCUGGUUGACGCGCCUGUGGCUAUCGACGACGCGCUGACCUCCUUGUUUGACUACAUGGACUCGGACGUACAGUCCCGAGCGGUGGAAACGUACAUCCGAAGGCUGUACCAGCCUUAUAUCGUGAAGGAUUCGGUGACAGUGGUGGCGGGGAGUAACAAAUCUGUAGUGGCGUCAUGGGAGUUCUGGGAGGAAGGGCCGCCGCCGUCGAUCGAGCAGCUUGAGGAGGGCCCGGAUAGCCCGACGUUCAAGGCGCCGUCGACCGGGGGGGUGAAGCGGUGGGGAGUGAUGGUGGUGGCGUCGACUCUCCAGGAGGUUAAGGCGCUGCUGCGACCCGUGAUAUCGCACCCGGAUGGGUGGUUGCUGAGUGCUGUGGAUGGGAAGCAGACACGGGUGGCGGCGGCCAGGAAGGCGAGUGCGGAGGACCUGCCGUUUGGCGGGAUGAAGCGGAUCAGGACGUUCCUGGGGAUCCCGUUUGGCGCUGGGAACGUGGCGCAUGUGGCUCUGCUGCCGAAGCUCGACAGCCUUGCGGACAGCCCUUCUACUUUCCGCAUGGAGGACCGCAUUCACACGCUGCGGCGGUCCCUGCUGGACGCGGACGCAGCAUCCACGCUGCACGGGGCGGGCGUGACGGCGGUGAGCUGCAUCGUGGUGCAGCACGGGCAGGGCCGCGCGCCGCUGAGGCACUGCUUCCACUGGAGCGAGGAGCGCGAGACGUUCGAGGAGUGGCCGCUCAUGCGGCACGUGGAGCCUCCGCUAUCGGAUCUCCUCGAGCUGCAAAAGCUGAUGAGUUUCGGCGAGAUGCAGUACAAGCGGUCGCGCAACCGUCACUGGCACAUCUACUCCACCACCGAGAAGCCCUCGGGCAUCCGCCGCCUCUUCCUGCGCUCUGUCGUGCGCCUGCCCAAAUCCGCCACCGGAGGUGGAGGAGGCGACUCUAGCCCCCCCGGCGGCAGCAGCAGCGGUGGUAGUGCUAGCUGGAUUGGCGGCGGUGGUGGUACUGGUGGUGGUGGGAUUGGAGGGGGAGGGGCAGAGGUGACGCGUGAGCCGUCGUUCUCGGAUUCGCUGGUGAGCGAAUGUACGGUUCAGAUUGAAGUGGCGGCGAGGACGCUGGCGGCGGCGAUCCAGGAGGCGUUGGAUGAGCCGGAGCUGGAGACGACGCUCAAGGCGGACCAUGCCCACAUCUUCAUGGCUCUGCUGGGGUCGCUGUCGUUUGAGAUGAGCCCCCGGGCUUCAGGCUUCAACCUGGCGGAGGUGGAGAAGAUGCUGUGUGGGUUGGGUCGCCUGGCGGACGCCAUGGUGGCGCCGCGGAUGCGCUCGCUGGCGCUGUGCAUGUGGGAGGCCAGAGUCAAGAUCAAGGGCGUGGGCGUGGGCUCUGGCGCCUGGCGCCUGGUGGCUGAGAACCCCAGUGGCCAUGCCUGCCUGGUGCAGGCAUACAUGGAGGCAGAUGACGCGGCCGGCAAGAACUUUGUGUACUUCUCCUCGCCGCCCAAGCUGCCGCGCACCGACAUGCCCUCGUGGCCCGACAACGCCCUCAUCCUGCCGCCCGCAGCGCUCCCCGUGCGCGUCACCGCGUCGCUCCUCCCCAUGCCGUCCGCCUCCUCCACCCCCACUGGCACCACGAUGACCCUCAAAGGCAUGGGCCCGCUGCACGGCACGCCGCUCUCGGCGCCGUAUGGGCCGCUGAGCUCCAUCGAUAAGCGACGGCUGGCGGCCAGGAAGGCCGGCACCACCUUCUGCUAUGACUUCCUCUCGAUCUUUGAGGAAGCCCUGAAGCAGAUCUGGGCUGUAGCAGAGGCCAAGGGAACGCACACCGCCCCGCCCGCCCCCCACCUCACCUACAAGGAGCUCAUUUUCGCCGACCCAAACGUUGCAUGGGAUGCAAAGCUACAGGAAACGGGCCGCCCUGCAGGGCUGAACAGCAUCGCGAUGGUCGGCUGGCGGCUGACCCUGCGCACGCCAGAGUUCCCGGAUGGCCGCACUGUCUACAUCGUAGCGAACGAUGUCACCAGAGGCGCGGGGGCCUUCGGCCUUCACGAGGACAUGCUUUUCCACGCGAUUACUCUCGAGGCAAUCAAGCACAAGGCCCCGCUGCUGUACCUGGCUGCCAACUCCGGGGCGCGGAUCGGGAUCGCAGAGGAGGUCAAGCGCUGCCUGCAUGCGGCCUGGCUCGACGAAAAGAACCCCGAGAGAGGGUUUCAUUACCUGUAUCUCACCCCAGAGGACUAUGCCCGCGUGCGGUCGUCCGUGGUGGCGCAUGAGGUGGUGAUGGAGCCAUCCGGGGAGCGGCGGUGGGUGCUGACGGAUAUCAUCGGGGCGGAGGAGGGUCUUGGCGUGGAGAAUCUGUCUGGGAGCGGUGCGAUCGCGAGCGUGUUCUCACGCGCGUUCCACGAGACGUUCACGCUGACGUUUGUCACGGGGAGGACAGUGGGCAUCGGCGCAUACCUGGCGCGUUUAGGCAGUCGCGUGAUCCAGAGGCAGGACCAGCCGAUCAUCCUCACAGGGUUUUCUGCUCUGAAUAAGCUGCUGGGGCGGGACGUGUACACAUCACACAUGCAGCUGGGCGGGCCCAAGGUUAUGGCUGUGAACGGGGUGGUGCACAACACAGUCGCGAAUGAUCUCGACGGCGUGCUCGCCAUUCUCCGCUGGCUCUCCUAUGUCCCGGCUGCGGUCAACCGCCCGCUGCCGAUCGUCGCCAAGCCCCUCGACCCGCCCUCUCGCAAGGUGGAGUACAACCCGACCACCUCCUGCGAUCCCCGCGCUGCAGUCGCUGGGAUCCAGUCUGGCUCACGGUUCCUCCGGGGGAUGUUCGACGAGGGAAGCUUCAUGGAAAUGCUGGACGGGUGGGCGAAAACGGUGGUGGUGGGUCGGGCGCGGUUGGGAGGUAUCCCCGUGGGGGUGAUUGCAGUGGAGACCCAGACGGUGUUCCAGAACAUUCCGGCCGAUCCCGGGCAGCCAGACUCACACGAGCGUGUGCUCCCACAGGCUGGCCAGGUGUGGUACCCCGACUCAGCUGCUAAAACGGCCCAGGCUUUACUAGACCUUCGCUUGGAGGGGCUUCCGCUGUUUAUUCUGGCCAAUUGGAGAGGGUUUUCUGGAGGGCAGAGGGAUCUGUUUGAGGGGGUGCUUCAAGCGGGGUCGCUCAUUGUGGAGCAUCUGCGAACGUACGACCAGCCGGUGUUUGUGUACAUCCCGAAGAAGGGCGAGCUGAGGGGCGGCGCGUGGGUGGUUGUGGACCAUCGGAUCAACCCCCACAUGGUGGAGAUGUACGCUGAGGAUUCGGCAAGGGGUGCGGUGCUCGAGCCGGAAGGUGUGGUGGAGAUUAAGUUCAGGAGGAGGGAGCUGAUCGAAGCCAUGCACAGGCUUGACCCGGAGAUAAUCGAUCUGGACAAGGCACUGAGGGCAGCGAAGCAGCUGCAGGCACAGGGGAAUGACAAUGGGUCGGUGACAGUGACCGAAGGGUUGAUUGCACAGAGGGAGAAGGCGCUUCUGCCGGUGUACACCCAGAUUGCCGUGCGGUUCGCUGAGCUGCAUGAUACUCCCCGGCGCAUGGCAGCCAAGGGAGCGAUCCGGGACAUCGUCACCUGGGAGAAUUCGAGGGCGUAUUUCUACUCACGGUUGUGCCGGAAAGUGGCAGAGGACGGGCUCGCGAGGCAGUUUAUGCUGAACGUGGAAGGGCUGGGGAAGAUCGACGCGAUUGCGGCGGUGAAGAGAUGGUAUUUGGAGGAGCAGAGGGUGAAGCGGGGCGAGAGUGAGGCGCUGCGGACGAGCGAGGCGAUCGACGAGGGGGACUGGCUGGACGACAAGCAGUUUGUGGCGUGGGUGCAGGGCACCAGGAGGAACGCGGAUGGGUUCAGGAGGAGGGUGUUGGGGCUGAGAGGGGAGCGGCUGGCGCAUGCGCUGACGAGGGAGAGGGACGCGGGGAGCAUUGCGGAUGGGCUGGCACAGGCCGUGGCCAGCGUGCUGCAGUCGCUCCCUCCCAGUGCUCGGAAGGACGCUGCUGCCAAGCUCAGCCAAGUGCUGGGUCAGCAGUGAGGCCAUCUGGGCCAGCAGUGAGGCCGUACUUAGGGCCACCAAUAAGGCCAUACAGCCAGACGACCAAGACACGCAAAUCAUGCUCGAUUCAGCUCACUUCUGGGACGAGUUUCGGCUCUGCGGUAUCUUGCAGUUUGCGCUAUAACAUGUUUCCUUACAGCAUUUUAGCGUUGCCUUCCUUGCUGCACAUGUACAAACCAUGCGGUAGGCGGUAAGAUGUAUCGCGGUAUCAAUACCGGUAGAAUAGCGUAGUGGUUGGCAGAAUCACCCUGUGGAAGGAGAGAGCAAACCUACUUUACUACAUAUGGGCUGGAUUCUGUUAGGAUGAAUGACUAUGCUCAGUUUAGUUUGAAGCAUGACUGACCUUGUAACCUCAAGAUUCUGGUGGUUACAUUUCAUUCCCUC